UCACGUGUGGGUCUGUGGACGGGGAACAUCGGAGGAAAAGUGUCUCCACGGCGAGUUCGUGGAAACGAGCAGCUCUGCCGCGAUUUCUACUCAAAGAAACCGUGGAGUGCUACGUGAUUCUUCUUCUUCCUCUUUUUUUAGUUUCAUGCAAGCUUUGAUUUGUUUCUGUUUGUUCUCCUUCCGUGGGGCUCGGCUCUUCAGAGAGGAGUCGAUUAACUGGCAGGGAUCUUUGGGGAAGGGGAUGCUGGUGAUGCUGCUGCUGUCUGUGGACGGUCUCGGGUGGAGGAUAUGUCUUGACUCCUCACUGUGAGCGAUUCUGUUCUCUGUGCCGCAGUCUUCUGCAUCAAAGUGGCAAUUUCUUAUUUUCAUUUCGUCCCAUUCUUUGGAUUAUUUUUCUUGUUUGGAGGCGCGCAUCCUUUGGACUUGCAGCACUGACGCCCGUGUGUGCAGCCCCAACCCCCCCUGAGGACCGGGGCUAGACGACCGGAGGGGGACCACCCACGAAAAUGAUGUAUCAUGGAGGAGUGAGACGGUGCAAACUUUGAGCAACAAUUUGACGCCGGGGACAGAGACGGCAUGGGACCCACCAGACCGGCGUGGAUGACAGAGCCUCUUCUCGUUUGGUUGUGAAUGUUUGACUCCUGCGGUCGCGGCAGACUCGCGCACCCAAAGGACCUGCUGGGGGACAGGGCGACAGUGUGCGUUGUGAUGCUUCUUCCCCACAGUCUCUUUCCCGGUGUCAGUUUUGGUUUCUCCAGCAAGAUCCGCGCUAUCCCAGAAUGGCUCGCUUUGAAGACGAACUGUCCAGCCGCUAUGGAGGCGGCUGUCCAGCGGGGCCGGCCAGAGGGGCCAGCCGACAGCCGGGGCCUCCCGGGGGCCCGAGGGUGUACAAGCAGACGAUGGCCCAGAGAGCCAGGACCAUGGCUAUCUACAACCCCAUCCCAGUCAAGCAGAACUGCCUCACCGUCAACCGCUCUCUGUUCAUCUUCAGCGAGGAUAACAUCAUACGGAAAUAUGCCAAAAAGAUCACCGAAUGGCCUCCAUUUGAGUACAUGAUCCUGGCCACCAUUAUAGCCAACUGCAUCGUGCUGGCCUUGGAGCAACACCUACCGGCCUCAGACAAAACCCCGAUGUCAGAGCGUUUGGACGACACAGAGCCCUACUUUAUUGGAAUAUUUUGUUUUGAGGCUGGCAUCAAGAUCAUCGCCCUGGGCUUUGCUUUUCACAAAGGCUCCUACCUGCGUAAUGGGUGGAAUGUAAUGGACUUUGUGGUGGUCCUAACAGGGAUCCUGGCCACUGUGGGGGCUGACUUUGAUCUGAGAACACUGAGGGCGGUGAGAGUAUUGCGGCCCCUCAAACUGGUCUCUGGCAUCCCAAGUCUCCAGGUGGUAUUAAAGUCAAUUAUGAAAGCCAUGGUACCUCUGCUGCAGAUUGGCCUGCUGCUCUUCUUUGCCAUUCUCAUGUUCGCCAUCAUCGGCCUCGACUUCUACAUGGGCAAGUUCCAUCGCACCUGCUUCAGGAUGGAUACAGGCGAGCAGGCAGCAGAUUUCCCCUGUGGCCUAGAGGCGCCAGCGAGGACCUGUGGCAACGGCACCACCUGCAGGGAGUACUGGAUCGGACCCAACUUUGGCAUCACCAAUUUUGACAACAUCCUGUUUGCUGUUCUCACCGUUUUCCAAUGCAUCACCAUGGAGGGAUGGGUGGACAUCCUCUACAACGCCAACGAUGCCUCAGGGAACACGUGGAACUGGCUGUACUUCAUCCCCCUCAUCAUCAUUGGUUCCUUCUUCAUGCUCAACCUGGUGCUAGGUGUGCUGUCAGGGGAGUUUGCAAAGGAGAGGGAGCGUGUGGAGAAAAGGCAGGAAUUCCUGAAGCUCCGCAGACAACAGCAAAUAGAGAGAGAGUUAACUGGGUACCUGGAGUGGAUCUGCAAAGCAGAGGAGGUGAUGCUGGCUGAAGAAGACAAGGAUGCAGAAGAAAAAUCCCUAGAUGGAGCGUGGUACAAAAGGAAACACACUAACUCUGUUCUGAAAAGGACCAAGAAGAGUAAGAAUGACCUCAUCAAUGCCGAGGAGGGCGAGGACCACUUCACUGACAUUUCAUCUGUUGCCCCCCCAGGGUCACCGUUUGCUCGGGCCAGCGUGAAGAGCAAGAACGAGAGCUCAUCUUACUUCAGGAGGAAAGAGAAGAGGAUUCGCUUCACCAUCCGCCGUCUGGUCAAGUCCCAGAGCUUCUAUUGGACUGUGUUGUGUCUGGUUGGACUCAACACUCUGUGUGUGGCUAUAGUACACUAUGACCAGCCUGAGUGGCUCACCUACGCACUGUACCUGGCCGAGUUUGUAUUCCUGGGGCUGUUCCUGGCAGAGAUGUCCAUGAAAAUGUAUGGCCUUGGACCCCAGAACUACUUCCACUCCUCAUUCAACUGUUUUGACUUUGGGGUGAUCAUUGGCAGUAUUUUUGAGGUGAUCUGGGCUGCCAUUAAGCCCGGCGCUUCAUUUGGGAUUAGUGUGCUGCGAGCACUAAGGCUGCUGAGGAUCUUCAAAGUCACUAAGUACUGGAACUCUCUGAGAAACCUGGUGGUAUCCCUGCUCAACUCCAUGAAGUCUAUCAUCAGCCUGCUGUUCCUGCUCUUCCUCUUCAUCGUGGUCUUCGCUCUGCUGGGCAUGCAGCUAUUUGGUGGCCAGUUUAAUUUUGAAGAUGAAACGCCGACCACUAACUUUGACACAUUCCCAGCAGCCAUUCUCACUGUCUUCCAGAUCCUCACCGGGGAGGAUUGGAACGCAGUCAUGUACCACGGCAUCGAAUCACAAGGCGGCGUGCACGGGGGAAUGUUCUCCUCUAUUUAUUUCAUCGUUCUCACUCUCUUUGGAAACUACACACUCCUCAACGUGUUCCUGGCCAUUGCUGUUGAUAACCUUGCAAAUGCCCAGGAGCUUACUAAGGAUGAAGAGGAGCAAGAGGAAGCCAUCAAUAAGAAGCUCGCUCUCCAGAAGGCCAAGGAGGUAAAGGAGGUCAGCCCCAUGUCGGCCGCUAACAUUUCCAUCACAGCUUUUCUAACACGCAGUCGAGGUAACGCGCACUCUAGCAGCUCAUCCAUCUGCAGCGUUAACUCACUGAGUUAUGUCUGCACCCCAGUCCAUCACUACUUGAGUAAGGAGCAGCAGAAGUCAAUGAAGACUAUGUCGGUGUGGGAGCAGAAGGCCAACCAGUUGAGGAGGCAGAACCGGGCCAGCUGUGAGGCCCUGUACAAUGAGCUGGAGCCUGAGGAGCGUCUCCGCCAUAUCCGGCCAGACAUGUUGACCCACCUUGACAGGCCGCUGGUUGUUGAGCCUCGUGAUGGAUCCGUGUUGGGCGGCCACCAGCACCACCACAAAUCCUGCAUGCCCGAGGAUGCUGAGACUGGUACUGACCCUCCCCUUGCUCCUUACCAACCCCGUCGCCACCACCGGCACCGAGACAGGGACAGGGCAAGGUCUAAAGAGGAGACCAACGAUAAUGGUGACGCAGGUAAAGGCGGAAAGCACCACGUCCACCACAGCCGCUCCAAAGACCACGACAGUGGCCGAGUCAAAACAGGACAGAGGUCCCACAGCCGAGAAGAAGGCAGGAAGCAUCACCAUCAGAGCUCAGUGGACGACAGCGCAGGUGGGGGAGUCACGAGCGAGAGAGAGCACCGUCAUCAUCAUUCACACCGGCAGUCACGAGGGGGAAAUGGCACUGUGAAUGGUGAAGGGAGGGGUGAGCGAAGAUCCCGCCACAAAGACGCACGUUCAUCUAACAGGGACGGGGACAGGAAUUCCAGAGGAGACACUGGCACCAGUGGAGAGAGGAGGAGACAUCGCACUCAUGGAUCCAGGGGCCAGUCCACAGUAGAAGGAGAAGAGUCCAAUGAGAAAGAGAAGACCCACAGUCAAAGGUUUGGUGAGUCAGAGGGGGAGUCCUUAGCCAUCUCCCCGCAACAAGGCUCUGGUGGGAGCAGCUGGCCUACUGACGGGCCAGAGGACUCAGACAACCAGAGGAAUGUUAGACGAACUGGCCAAACCUCCGUUCACAUUCCACCUGUGACUAUAACCUCGCCACCUGGAGACACUACCCUCAUACAAAUGAAUAGUAUUGACUGUGAAACAAUGCCCAUGAAUGAGAAAACCCUGGAAGAUAUAGGUCAAAGUGGACCCAAGCCCAUCCUGCCCUACAGUUCAAUGUUCAUCUUUGGUCAAAUGAAUCCGGUGAGGCGGUUAUGUCACUACAUUGUGACUCUGCGUUAUUUUGAGAUGUCCAUCCUAGUGGUCAUUGCUAUGAGUAGCAUUGCUUUGGCAGCGGAGGACCCCGUGUGGACGAAUGCCCCUCGCAACAACGUUCUCAAAUAUUUGGACUAUGCCUUCACAGGAGUUUUCACUUUUGAAAUGGUGAUCAAGAUGGUGGAUCUGGGCCUUCUGCUUCAUCCUGGAGCCUACUUCAGAGACCUGUGGAACAUUCUGGACUUCAUAGUGGUCAGUGGGGCGCUGGUGGCUUUUGCAUUUUCGAGCUUCAUGGGAUUGCAACAAGGUGUGACCAGGGGGACCAAAGGCAAAGAUAUCAGCACUAUCAAGUCACUGAGGGUUCUCCGAGUUCUCAGGCCUCUCAAGACCAUCAAACGUCUCCCAAAACUCAAGGCGGUGUUUGACUGUGUGGUCAAUUCUCUGAAGAACGUUCUGAACAUCCUCAUCGUUUACAUCCUCUUCAUGUUCAUCUUUGCCGUCAUCGCGGUUCAGCUCUUCAAGGGAAAAUUCUUCUAUUGCACUGACGAGUCCAAGGGCCUGGAGAAAGACUGCAAAGGACAGUUCCUAGACUAUGAUAAAGAUGACGUUGCCGCUAUGCCCAGGGAGUGGAAGAAGUAUGAGUUCCAUUACGACAACGUGCUGUGGGCCUUUCUGACUCUCUUCACCGUCUCCACAGGGGAAGGCUGGCCAACUGUUUUGAAGCACUCUGUGGAUGCUACCUUUGAAGACCAAGGUCCCAGUCCAGGCUACCGGAUAGAAAUGUCCAUCUUCUAUGUGGUCUACUUUGUGGUCUUCCCUUUCUUCUUUGUGAACAUCUUUGUGGCUCUAAUCAUCAUCACGUUCCAGGAGCAGGGAGACAAGGCCUUAUCUGAGUGCAGCUUGGAAAAGAAUGAGAGGGCUUGUAUUGACUUCGCCAUAAACGCCAAACCCCUGACACGCUACAUGCCUGAGAACACGCAGUCCUUCCAGUACAGGAUGUGGAAGUUUGUGGUUUCACCUCCGUUCGAGUACUCCAUUAUGAUCAUGAUCGCUCUCAACACUGUUGUACUCAUGAUGAAAUUCCAUGGGGCUCCAGACUUUUACGAAGCGAUGCUGAAGAAUCUCAACAUAGUGUUCACCACUCUCUUUUCUCUGGAGUGUAUCCUCAAGAUCAUUGCGUUUGGUCCGCUGAACUACCUAAAGGAUGCUUGGAAUGUGUUUGACUUUGUGACGGUAUUGGGCAGCAUCACUGACAUCCUUGUGACCGAAAUCAAUACUACGGACAGGCUGCUGAACCUGAGCUUCCUGAGGCUCUUCAGAGCUGCCCGACUCAUCAAGCUGCUGAGGCAGGGUUACACCAUCCGCAUCCUGUUGUGGACUUUCGUUCAGUCCUUCAAGGCCCUGCCUUAUGUUUGCCUGCUGAUUGCCAUGCUUUUCUUCAUUUACGCCAUCAUUGGAAUGCAGGUAUUUGGUAACAUUGACCUGAAUGAAGAUACAGCAAUCAAUCACCACAACAACUUCCGUACUUUCCUCCAAGCUCUCAUGCUGCUGUUCAGGAGUGCGACAGGGGAGGCCUGGCAUGAGAUCAUGUUAUCAUGUUUGAGUCACCGGGCCUGUGAUGAGCGAUCGGGGUCCAACGAGAAAGAGUGUGGCAGUGACUUUGCCUAUUUCUACUUUGUCUCCUUUAUCUUCCUCUGCUCUUUCCUGAUGCUGAACCUGUUUGUGGCUGUCAUAAUGGAUAACUUUGAGUACCUAACCAGGGACUCCUCCAUCCUGGGGCCUCAUCACCUAGAUGAGUUUAUCCGGGUUUGGGCCGAGUACGAUCCAGCAGCGUGCGGACGGAUUUCCUAUAAGGAUAUGUACAAUUUGUUACGCGUUAUCUCACCCCCUCUUGGCUUAGGGAAGAACUGCCCUAAUAGGGUAGCAUACAAGCGCCUCGUCAAAAUGAACAUGCCCAUCGCAGAUGACAACACGGUUCACUUCACCUCCACCUUGAUGGCCUUGAUUCGCACCGCCCUGGAGAUCAAACUGGCCUCAGGGAUGGUAGCCCAGCGAUUAUCUGAUGCAGAGUUAAAGAAGGAGUUGUCCACGGUGUGGCCCAGCCUCUCUCAAAAGACCAUGAACCUGUUGGUCACGCCACAUAAACCCAAUGAGCUGACGGUAGGGAAGGUUUAUGCGGCUCUGAUGAUCUUCGACUUCUACAAGCAGAAUCGAGCGAGGAGGCUGCAGCAGCAACAGCAGCCGAUCGUGCCAGGCUCCCUGUGCAAGUUCGGGGCUUUGUUUAAGCCAUUGCUGCCUCUGCCUCACAUGCAGGAGAAAGACGUGCCCUCCAUUCUGCAGCCCCAGCCUAAAUCCCAGCCCAAGUCCCAGCCAAAGAGCAGACCUAGCUCCAACUCCCUCAACAAUGGAGGCGCGCUGCCAGGGAAUGAUAACAACAUCAAGCCCUCACCUUCCUGGGUGAUGGAGAAACCCAAGGAUGCACCCCGGUCUAAGAGAACUAUGUCCAGGGGACCUUCAGAGGACACGCCAGACACUGCUGUCAUUCAGGAGUCAGUGGAGAUGAGGAAGAUGGAGACCAGCGUUAGCAGUACAAUCCCAGCCCCUGGCGCAGGCUCAGGCCUGGAGAGCCAGGGCAGGGCGGCUUCUAUGCCACGACUCAACGCCGAGCUGCAGUGGAGCAACUCACGCCAAUCUCCAGGGAUCCAUCUAGCUUCUGUCCCUGAUGCCAGCCCCAUGAAGCGCUCAGCCUCCACUGUGGCCCCACAGCAGCCCCAGGAGGUCAACCUGAGGGACUACACCCUGGAAAAACCAAGCCAGGACCGACCCCAUCACCACCGCCACCACCACCGCUGCCAUCACCGCAGGGACAGAGAAAGAGACAGAGACAAAGACAGAGAGAAGAGGCAGAGGUCUUUGGAUACACCUCUGGGUGGUGAGCCCCCUAACUCUGGUGCACCAGGAGAGCCAACGUCGGACCCACCCACCACUAGAGAGCGAGCCCACGACCGUGGACGCUCCCAUGAAAGGAAACACCACCACUCCUCUGCGGACAAGCAGCGCUACUACUCCUGUGACCGGUACUGCAGCAGGGAACACUGCCACACCAAAUCUGCCACAGCCAGCUGUGCCGCCUCCCCCAGCGAGGGGCAGGAAACCAGCGACAAGCAGGGCAGUGGUUGGGUUAAAGGCAGCCCUGUGGCACUGAGCUCCAGUUCUAGCACGCCGAGCCGUGGACGUCGGCAGCUCCCCCAGACCCCACUCACCCCGCGGCCUGGGGUGGCCUUCAAGACUGCCAAUUCCUCCCCUGUUCACUUUGUGUCCAGCCAGGCCUCUCUGAGCCCUGGCCGGCUGAGCCGCGGCUUAUCGGAGCACAACGCCCUCCGUCACAGCGGCUCGCGCCACUUCCCCUGCCCCGUCACUCGUAUAAGCUCCGAGCCCUUUCUGGCCCGGGGCCAUGGCGAGACCCUGGGCAGCCCCUAUGGCAGCCUCUGGGACCAGUUAGAUGUCUUCCAGGAUGCGGCGUCAGUGUCUCCCAGCCCCCGUGCCGGGCGCUCAUCUCGGACCGCACUGCCUCGCAUGAUGGGAGCCCUGCCUCCCGCUCCACAGCAGAACCUUGGUGUGCCCAAUGGGUACCACUACAGCUUCGGGGGCAGCACCAGCCCAAGCUCCGGGGUCAGGGCACCCAGGUAUUACCAGGAGGCAGAGGAGGACGAAUGGUGCUAGCAUGGCUUUAAACCAACCUUUUUAAUACGUUUUGAGGAAUUGUGAUGAGUUUUAUCAUCUUCUUUGAAGGCUUUCUUUUACAUUGUCACUGUGUGUGUUUAAUGCUGUAUUUUAAUCCCAACUUGGAAAACUAAGUUUAGGGAGAACAUCUGAACAGGGAGAAUGCUUAAAGUAAGUAAUAUUUGGAUGUGAACAAAAAAGUAUAUCAAGGAUAAUGUAGCAUAUUGAAACAAUACCAUUAUCAGAUGUCUUUGCUUUGAAGUUAGUGUUUUGUUGACACCGCCAUAUUGACCCUCAGACAGCAUUACAGUUUAAACUACGAUUUCUUUCUAGAAUAACUUCCUGACUUUGGAGAAGUUCUUAUUUUCAUAAAUGUUGUCUGCCUUCCGGGAAAACCUUUUAAGUAAUCACAAAUGCUGAUGUAUUUAGUUUUUCUCCGCGGCUUGAGUUGUUUGUGAUUAACAAGUAGUCAAGCUUAUUAACAUGAUGGCUCUUGCAGUUGGCAGGCUGCCUUAUUUUGAACAUUAUUCUUUGGGAAGCCGUGGGCGCUGCAGACUUUGACAAAGUUCUGUGUUUUUCGUUAAUGCAGUUUUACAUUAUUUAAAGACAUGUCGGCUAAUUCCACAUCCAGCAGACACAAAGCAGCAUUGCUUCAUGUCGUGUCGCUGGGUUUUCACCUGUAGCUGCUUAAAACGCCACCGCAUUCACCAGCUACUCACUAACUGCCAGUGCUGCUAAGCGGGUGGUGCGCAGUGAGUUUUAUCAGAAGCUGAUGAGAGCCCCGAGAGUCAAUCCAGACACCUGCGUCACCAAACCAAAAUAUUUACCUGAAAGAAACUGAAAUGCUCUUCAUCUGCAGAUGAGUGCUCCUUUACUCUAGUGCUUUAGAGGACUUUACUACUUAUUUUUCUCAGUCUAUAUACGCAGAUAUUUGUUUGCACAGCUUUAACGCUGCAUUCUUAACAUUUUCAAGUAUUAUAACCUGUCAUAUGUGAGGAAAAACUAUUUUUGGGUCAGAUGGCUAUAGAAACCCACACAGCAUUUUUACACGAAACACACUUCGGUCCACGGUUUUUCCUUUCCCGUGUCUAAGGCGCUUUGAGCGAUCAAAGCUCCAACCCCACUCAAACUGCACGCCCAGGCGCCUUGCAUAGCCGGGCAUUGCUCCAAGUGUGCUCGCUUUGAUGGUUCAAAUGCAGAAAAGUAAUUGUUGAAAAGUUGUUUGUAGCAAAAAUUGAGAUGUGCAUUUGAGAGUCAGCAUGGCAGUUUCAACAAAAAGUGGUGCAGUCAUGGGAAGAGGACAAGAAGCAGGUCGCACACAAAUGAAACAACAGUUUGAAAUGUUGGAAAACCUCAGAAUAUACGACACUGUACAAACAGCUGUGUUGUUCUUUAGUUUAGGACUCUACCAUUCCAUUAUAAUGCCUAAUCCUUUAUGACAUUCCCUCAGUGUCAGUGGAACGGAUGAUGCGCUGUAAUCAUGACAGCGACGAUCGCUGCAUCCGAUUAACGCUUCUUGCAAACUUUAAGGGAGAAGUGUGACGGUGGAAAAAUGCCUGACUGACUGAUUUUCUAUAAAAUGUCUUUGUAGAUGUUCUCUUUUCAUUGUGUGCAUUUUUUGUAUGACAUGAAAAAAAAACAAAAAACAACAGAGGUGUGUUUUACGUGAACUGCUUACGGUUUGCCAUUGUUUCAGGUCUAAUGUUUUUACAGACUUGGUUUUAAGAUAAAGUGCCUAUCCUUAAACUGUAGAAGAAGAAAAAAAAUGCAAUGUCAACUGUUUUCUAAUGCAUCCACACUAGUUUGUUUCAUUCUGUAUGUAGCGCUGCAGGAAAACACGUUGUACAGAAAGCCUUAUCUCCACGCAGAGAGUCAAACCUACAGUACGCUUAAAAGGCAGGAAGGGGAAACGACCUAAUGAAAUCUGAUUCUUUUUGCUGUUUUUGUUAAACCAUGAAAUCACGUGUGGUUGUGUGAAGCAAGGAUCAGCAUUGUAAGAAAAAAAAACACACGCUAUGUGAGCAUUUAACUGAGCAUAUGUGACCAUAAAACUGCAUAAAUAUAUCAUUCCAUUUACGCCAUUCAAGCCAAUAUCACAAUGUGCAUGUUUAGAUAGUAGACCUGGUCGGCCACCUGCUGCAGCCACCUCGUAGAAUUUUGUUAAUUACUUAUUUUUUUGUAUUUUUGAUAAAGAUGUCACGGCGGGGUAAAAGAACGUGCACUUUCUGAGGGAGGACCCAGAGUAGCAAAAAGGUAUCUGAGUCAAGCAUGGCUCUGUGCGUGUGUCUGUCCAUUUUGUUUGGUUCCUAGUGUUUUGUAAUGUCACAUCACUCAACUGUCGUGUUGAGGUUGACAGCAGAAAACUAUACAGAUAAAUGUUAAUAAACCAUAUUAAAGGUCAAAACAAAAUGGGGAUUUUCUUUUAGGGCAGAAGACAGAUUCCAAGCCUCAUUCGUACGGCAUGAUUAGUUGUGGUCAACUUAAAGCUACUUUCGCUACAUUUAUUUAUUUAUUUAUCAUUUUCAUUAUAAAGCUUUUUUGCGAUUUAAUUUCAUAUAUCACAGAAGUGAAGAGGUCGCUGAAUCUAAUCUUCUUGAGUGGUAACACCUUACAAAUUAGCCGAGCUAAGCUUAGCCUAGCUUAACAGGCUAGUCUAGCCCCUAACUAUUGUGAGAUCUCUGUGAUUUUUUUUUUUUUUUUUACUUUAUUAACUAAGCUUUAAAUCGUGUAUUCAUAUUUAUAUACAGUUAUAUAUUCUUUUAUCCAAGUGUCUUCUUCAGUUCUAAGUGACUGAUAUUCACAUGACUAGAUCAGUAACAAUCAGAUACUCACCUGUAAUGUGAGUUUCCAUCAAUGAAGAUGUUCUAAAAACACAAACUCCCUCUUUUAGAACUGACUUAGCUACUUAGUUGAAACGUCUUAAAGAAAGCUCUAGAAGUUGAUUACCUUUGUAGCAUUGUUUCCUGAAUAUACCAUGUUCUGGAUAACUGAGAAGCUUCAUAAACAGUGCAGUAAUCAAUAAAUUAUUGAAUCAAUUAUCAAUUAUUUUACAUUAUUAAUAGACGGGAAGACAGACCCACCCCCACAAAUGUUUUUUUCCUGGAAGUCUGCUGUUGCUUCCCGUUGAGAACUGCUUAUGCCCCGACAAAGAUGCCAAGGGAGGUCAAUCAAAUUGUAUAAAACAUUUAGUCUUUUAAUUUCACAUAUUUUGUUGCUGUGAUUGGUUGAAAUAUGCCCCAUUAAAAAAACAAACAAAAAAACAAUUGUUUGUCACUAGACUCACAUUCUGAUAAAAUCUGGUGAUCAGACUAGAUUAAUGACUGGAUUUGAGCUGUUUACCAAGCAGUUAAAGUUAAAGUGUGACACUUUUUGAUAUAUUUGAACAACAUAUGCUCUGAUUUCACAUUGAUAAACUAUCAAUAUCCUUCUUAGCGCGCUGGAACUGGGACACAGCUAAUGCAGUACAUAAGCCACAUAUGUCUGAAUGAAGGCAGGAAUGUGUAGAAAGAUCUAAGUACUGUAGAGGUAGGAGGUGAGACAGAUUUAGGUUUUUAAUUUAAUUUUUUUUUUUAUGGGGACUUGGUGUAAAAUAUGGAGCUGUAAAGAAAGUUCUAAAGUCUUUAAAUAUUACUGAAUGGGCCUGCUGGCUCACACCUUUUCUGCUGCUUCACUGAUCUCUGCAUCCAGUUUCAAGGAGGAACAUAUAGGAAGUGUAUCUUGACAACAGGACUGUCUGUUGAGGCCUGGGACUGUACUGUGUUCAGAUAUAUAGGCCGAUUUACACACCAACGAUAUUUGUUAUAUGCAACUUGCUUGACAGAUGAUCUUUUUGUGAAAAGUGGCUCCAUGAAUGUGCUUUUACGUCGUGGCAGGCUGCAACCUGGGGGGAGGGAUUUGAACCUCUGCAGCAGCUGAUUGGCUAGAAGGUAUUUGUCAAAGACUCUUCAGCGGUCAACAGGGGAAAGACAGGGGCCAACCAACAGCCACACUACAAACGACAGGGGUGAGCAAGCUGAAGCCAAGUGAGUAGGGCUAUGCAACAAGACAAACCCAUUUCUCCAUCCAUUAUGUAGCUUUAAAUGCUGGUCUCUUCAGAUUCAGGCUUCAGCAUGAUUGUGACCAAAUGUUUUAUAGAAAAUGCUAUGAAAACGAAACAUGCAAACAAAAAAAGACCUAAAAUGCAUCAAGGCACAAAGUGUAAACAGGUAGAAUAUUUAGGAUUACAGCAACUUUAUACGUAUAUUUGCAUGCAUAACAUUUACCCACUUUGACCAUGUCAAAUGGAGAUCCCGUGGUUCAAGUGAGAGGAGGUGUGUCUGGUCUGGUCACAGUAAAAGGUUUUCAUAUAUCGACAUCAGAAACUGUCAAGGCUACUCUUUUUAUCUGAGACAAUUCCAUAUUCUUCUGCAGUAACAUCCAUUUAAUGAUCCCGUCACACUAUGGAAUCAGAAGGACCUCAAGAUACUUUAUUUAACUAUGCGGUCUCUGUAUUGCGAAACUUGUGCCCAAGUGUGGACCAGUCCGCCACCACACGUUGGUAGCGAUCCAGUCUUAAUUUCUGCAUAUCAUCGGCGGUGAAAAUGUGGCUUUUUCUUGGGAAAAUACAAAUGUUUGCAUGUCCUGACAAUGUAUGUGCAUGUAGAAAACCUAGUAUUUUAUAGAUACCAUGUGUUCUUUUGUUGUUGAUUUUUAAUAUUUGAUAUAAACUGUGGGGCUUGUUGAAAAGACAAAUUUCUAUUAUUAACAGUAUUGAAUAUUGUUGAUAGUUCCAACCAUUGCAGCAGAGCUGGAACAUUCCUUUAUUUGGGUCUUGGGAUUCAGUAAAAUGUUUGCCUGAUUUUAUGUUUCUUGGCCAGACUUUGAAUUCUGCAGUUGUUUCUACAUUAAACAUUUUGUAUGAAGCAAAGUUCCUUGAAAUAAAAAAGAAUUAAAUGAGA